GUGUCACACAAACUGGCAACUGGGAAAUCUCCCGCAGCAAACUAACAGGUGUCCUCCUCCUCCUUCAGAUCCACAGUCACAUCACAGGGGGGCCGCUUGUUUGUCCACUCCGCGCACACACUCUCUCCUGCAACUCAUCUGAACGCGUUGGCUUCACUUUAUCUGACCGUCCAAACUUCCCACUAAAUAACUUUUGACUCCAUCUCUACAAAUGAUGCACUCGGCGCAGAAAGACACCACGUUCACCAAGAUCUUUGUAGGAGGUCUUCCUUAUCACACGACCGACUCCAGUCUGAGGAAAUACUUCGAGGUGUUUGGAGAUAUCGAGGAAGCUGUUGUCAUUACAGAUCGGCAGACGGGGAAAUCCAGAGGUUAUGGAUUUGUGACCAUGGCUGACCGGGCCUCUGCUGACCGAGCUUGCAAGGACCCUAACCCCAUUAUAGACGGCAGGAAGGCCAAUGUAAACCUGGCUUACCUAGGGGCCAAACCCAGAGUCAUACAGCCAGGGUUUGCGUUUGGUGUGCCUCAGAUUCAUCCUGCAUUCAUCCAAAGACCUUAUGGAGUUCCUGCCCACUAUGUGUACCCACAGGCCUUUGUCCAGCCCAGUAUGGUAAUCCCUCAUGUGCAACCUUCUGCUGCUACAGCAGCAACAGCUGCUGCUGCCACUUCCCCGUACCUUGACUAUACUGGAGCAGCAUACGCCCAGUACUCUGCUGCUGCUACUGCCGCUGCAGCUGCUGCUGCAUAUGAGCAGUAUCCAUAUGCUGCCUCACCAGCACCAACCAGCUACAUGACCACAGCAGGGUACGGAUACGCCGUCCAGCAGCCACUCGCCACUGCUGCCACCCCAGGAGCUGCUGCUGCUGCUGCAGCCUUCAGUCAGUACCAACCUCAGCAGCUGCAGACAGACCGAAUGCAGUGAAACCAUUGAACUACAUUUAUGGAGGUUAACACCAUGCUACAACGAAGAGAGCAACACGAGGCAGUGGAAGACUGAAGAGGCUGAAUGAUGGUUGUCACUCCCAGGUUUUAACUAAGCAGGCCUUCUACCUAUGAGUCAGGAGAAAUCACCAAAAAGUGUGGAGCAAAUCAGAAUUUACUGUUAACUUUAUUCAAGUGAGAUCAGUAUUGUGUCACUGUGUUAUACAUAUUAAUAUUUAAUAUUUAUUUAGCAGUAAAAUAUUUAAUGUUAAUUGAAGGGAACUCACUUGACCUUAUGUCAACCAUCGCUGAAUUCUGUAUAUAUGUUGCUGUGGAAUUUGUACAAAAUUCCCUGGUGCAUUUAUGUCUUAUAAUCCAGUUUCUUCCCCUCUACUUUGACAAAGAGAAAAAGAAAAUACUUGCAGAUACUUGAGAACAGCAGGAUACACCAUAGUGCUCGUUUCAGUGUUUCAUAGCUUUGGAACAGUAUUUUGUUUGGUACAGCUAUGCAGACACAGAUAAAGAGGUCAGUGUUUCAUUCGGAUUCUUCCUUUUUUGUAACUGUUUGGAGUGAGAUAGAUUAGACACCCUUGUAGUCAUAUUUCCUUGUUAGUAUGUAAUACAAAUGCUGAAGCUGACUAAAGCACUCACUUUUCUUCCCCUUUAUAUUGCACCUCAAGUAAGCUCAGUAAAAGGGAAGAACCAUUGUUGAAUGUGAAUUUCUAAUUUUCCUUUAGACAAAUUGUUUCAUAAUGUGCCUUUUAAAUUAUGCUAUUUAUAUAUUUAUUAUGGAGCCUUACAGUAAAACACCCUUUAUUCUGUGCUCAUGUUGGUAUGAAGCCUGCUGUAGAACAUGUCCACAUGUGCUGCUGCAUAAUGAUCACAAACAAAAUAGGAUGUCUAAACUUUGCUAAACAAAGUAAAACACUGUGCAUAAAGAACAAAAUAGGAGUGGAAAGGAAGAAUUACGUCUAUCGAGUUUCUGUUUUCUAAAGAUUUGAUUUUGUCGUCUCAAAUAGAUCCUUAAGUCUGUAAUAUCGCUUUUUAUACUUGACCAGUUUGAUGAAGAACAGAGUGAGAACUGUUGACUUUUUAAAGUUUUGACAUUUGAUGUCAUUAGACAACAAAUGUUUUCUAAUGCAAGGCUGUCAGCUGUUAGGCCUUGUACUUUUUAAUGCAUGACUCAAAAUAAUGCAAACAUUUACUAUGUGAAAUAAAAAUAAAUUCAACUUCACCUUCA